UAUGACGUCACCGGGCUGAAUCGAUGCGCGGCGUCCGCGCGACCCCUGCAUUGGAAAGGGGAGCCACAGCCGCAUGGCUCGACGUGACGCCGCGACGGCGAUAAGCCUGGCAUCUCUCGUCUCGCUGCGAGGGCGACGCCGUCCAGGGUAGACGUUCGGUCAAGUGGAGGUCUGCGUUCGAUAAGACAAACUACAGCGGCAAUUUUGAACGUGGCAUGGAUUGGCGGGUAUUUGAGGACUCCCUUCAGCCUCAUCUUCAGGGGCUUCGACGACGGGGUCCAUCGACUCCAGUUUCGGGCCGGAUGGCUCCACCGCACGUUCUCGUUUUCAAAGAACUUCCUUGAACCGUGUCUGGUAAGGAAUUGGGGAGUUCGCGGUGACUCGUGAUGGAAGUUUUCCUGGAUUUUUGCGCUUCAGAGUCCGUGAGCCGGUAAUCGUCCUACGUCUUUCAAGAAUGUGGACGUCGGCACAGUACUGGCCGAUGUUGCUUCUGGCCCUUUUCGCGAUGUGUUACCUUUGGAGAACGGGAGCACCAUUUUCCUGGUUGUCCACCAGAGUGCUGGCACGAGCCUCCUUCGAAGUCGAUCUCACCUUACCGUCAUCCGAACUCAGGGUGUCUCAACGUUUUGUGAACAAGACCGCGAGAGCAAAGCACACCGUGAGAGGGCCCGCGAAGAUGAAUCAUCGCCAACCGAUCUCGAGAUACAUGUUGCGGCUCUACCAUCGUCGGCCCGACGCUGACAUCGUGCGAGCUCUUCAACCGGCUCACAUCUCUUGGCCGUUGUCAAAUGAUGGUGGAAGAGUCCUCGAGUUCUCCGUGCCGAUCACACAACCUGGGGAGGUUCUGGAAGCGGCCGAGCUUAUGGGGGCCGCCGGAAUGAUUCUCCGUGUUCAUUCGGCCGACGGAUUGCCUUGGAAGGACCAAGUUCACCGGCCACGAAGAGACGAUGCUUGGAGAGGAUUCAAUGUGACCGAUGCGGUUCUCGGCCGAAUCGGUGACGUACUGCGGCUUCGGGUACGCGGUAGAGUUGAUGGUUGGCAUCGUGGCGAAGGACCGAUCCUAUUGCUCAGCUAUAGCAAACCGAAGAACCGAAGACCGCGGUCGACCGUCGACGAGGAACAAGGGGACGUCACUACUACGUGGAAAAACGACGCCGCCCGACGCCGGCGUCGAAACGCUUGCCGCAAACGGUCUCUGUACGUUGACUUUUCCACAAUAUCGUACGACGAAUGGGUCGUUGCUCCGAAGGGCUACGACGCCUACCAGUGCGUCGGAAAGUGCUUUUACCCACUAGGUGACCAUCUCAGUCCUACGAAACACGCGAUCGUCCAAACCCUCGUUUACGCCGCGUUUCAGGCCGCCGAUGAAGCCAAAGCCAACGUCAAUUCUAACAACAACAAUAAACCCGUCGGAAGAGCGUGCUGUGUGCCAACCAGGCUCAGUGCAACCAGUCUGCUUUACAUGGAUGCCACGGGAACCCUGACUUACCAGUAUGGAUACGAAGACAUGGUGGUGGCAGAGUGUGGCUGCAGAUAAGAGGACAGAGUCCAGAACUGCUUUGCUUCUAAUAAUAUUGAGAUCGGUCGAAUGCAAGUUCAAGCAGUGUAUGAGUAUCAGACACGUGUGCCGGGAACACCCAGUAGAAUACGUAGUUAUUUUUACCUGCGAAUUUAGAUUUUCUUUUGUAUAUACCUACCUUUGAGUUUUGACUAUCCUUAUUAAGUAUGAGAAAUACGAUCUAAUAUCAGUACGAUGAAUUUCUUUACGGUGCUGAUGAAUGCUACGUUUAACGGAAACUUCGUGCCGAAGAGACUACAUUCUCUGCGAUUAUUUUGAGAUAUUACAACAUUAAAUUCUUGUAGCUGGAUACUUUACGAUGUCGGAAAAGUCGAUAUUCCUAUUUGUCAGUUGUCAAGCUCCUUCAUCAGAUAUUAAAUCGUAAGGUUUUGAUCUAAUUUUAACAGACAUUGCGAAUAGUUAAAAUUUGAAUGAAAACCUCACAUUACCUUAAUUACAUAAACUCUAUUCGUUCAAAUUCAGGGAAGGUUUUAUCUGACUUCUACUAUCGCGGUUCAAAUGAUUUGGAGCAAUAAGCGCGAAGUGCAUUACCAAAUAGUUCAUCAUGUACGUGAGUAAAGAUAUAGAAGCACUAGCAAACUGGGGAUGUACUUGUAAAUAAUAUAUUUUCUAAAUAAAAUGACACUGUUACUCGUAAAACAAUAUAAAUUUAAUCAAUCAACAUAAUCAGUAUAUAUGGUACAAAAACACAUAGAGGAUACAGAGUGUUCUCGUACACUCGUGUAGUGUUAACUAGUUCUCGAAACACGUUGUUCAUCACCGUUCCUUAACACAAUACACACACAGAUUAUAGUAAUUCACCUUAUGAGAAAUCUGCUCCGUAUACAUAC